UCUUCCCGCUCUUUUCCCUUUUCCUUUCAUCUCCGUCGCGUCUCUGCGCAUAGCAAUUUGGACUCGACUCGGAUUACUUUGAUUACUACGGCGGCUUCUGCUGACAAGUGCUAAUCAAGCUGAAGUUGUCGUUUGCUUUCGUUUCUCUGCCGUUCAUCGCGACUUGAAAGAUCCGAGUCGGAGCGCCUCUCUCUUUCUUACUCAUCAUCCUCUCCUUUCACCUCAGCCUCAGCAGCGAAGCCACCGCGCGCCGCUGACACUGCACGUGACGGUCGUCUUGCGACAGCGACUCGAACUUCACUCUUUCGUCUCGCUGACUGGGCACAUCGUUGCUCGAGUUGUGCAGUGCAGCGCCAGAGGAUUACACCCUGGUACCUCAUCAGUCGCAUUCACCGCGGCCCAUUCAAUCCUCCGAUACCUCGAAUACUUCACGCGCUUCGCAACAGGCAUCUUGCCCUGGACGUUGCUGAAGCCUAUUAUCUCGCUCUCAGUUUCGAAUUCAUCACCAUCCUCGCCCCUGUGUAUACAUCCACCUUGCACGGCCGUUCUCGAGUGACGGAGCUCGCUGCUGCUACACGUCCGAAGUCUUGACCGAGCGUCUCGUACCCACUCCACCAGGCGGCUGCAAGCGAUAUGCAACCGGCCCUUGCUCCUCGCACCGCUGGCUCUCCUCCGACCAUGUCUCAGGAUCAAGUUAAAGCCGAGCAAAUGCUGCCCCAGCAACAAUAUCCUCCGCCGCCUCAAUCCUCAACACUACCUGAGUCUAUGGAUGCGAUACCGCAACAACAGCAGCAACAACCUCAGCAUCAACCGCAGGCUUCUUCACCCAACGCCUCGAUCAACAACGAUGGUGUCACUGGUAGUGCAGAGAGCGAUGGAGCUGACACCAAUACCGAUGGGCGGAAAGGGUAUGGCAAGCGGGAAUUGAGCACUAGCAAGAGAGCUGCGCAGAACCGGGCUGCACAGCGAGCAUUCCGUCAACGAAAAGAAGGUUAUAUCAAGAAACUUGAGGAACAAGUGCGAGAUUACCAAGCCCUGAGCGAAAACUUCAAGGCCGUCCAAGCCGAGAACUACCAACUCCGAGACUAUAUCAUCAACCUGCAAUCCAGACUCCUGGAAUCGCAGGGCGAAGUUCCACCUCCACCUAGCACUGUCGACGGAUUGCAACCAGGAAAGCCAAGCAUCGUUCAGAAUCCCUCACUGCGCGGGCUCACCGAACUAGCUGCCGUGCCUCCGUCUCAGGACGGUGUAUCCCAGGAUCCUCCACGUACCAGUGCGUACCCGGAUCCGACCUACUCGGAAGCACCUGCAGCGAAACGGCCUCGAACAGAGUCUUCGGAAAUGACAGACUCUCAGGCGGCGCUGCAAGGCUCUACAAUCCUGUCUCAAUCAUCUGCGACUGCGCAGUAGAUGGACGGCCUGCGAGGAAGCUACUGAGCUUCUAGCCACUGCACACGGGUGAAAUCUAUGGCGUUUGGGUGGUGCUUGGCUUCGUGGAGCAACUCACUUUGGUAAUGGGCAGCAUCAAAGCGGGCCUAAUUGUGAACAUGGAUUGCUUGCUGUACUGAAUAUGGGCUGUACGGCGUUUUCAUUUUGAGCUGGUGGCAGUCGUCAAGGGGGCAUCUUGCUGAGGGGCAUCGAGUCGACCUCAACAGCAGGCACAAAACAGCGACGAGGAGCUCCAGGGCAACGGGGAGAUGUGCGCUAGAAUAUUAUGAGAGGCACAGCACACGCGCGGCGUGGCAACGAGGGGCACAGUGACCUUGACCCUGAGGAAUCGUCACAUGUAAGCAGCCAAGGUUCUCUUCCAUGUACACAAUCACGAUCAUCGACUGGCAGCCGGACUAGAGUCUGGUGUAGGGGCUUGCCGCGUCAAAGACAUACUCCUACUAGUAGUAGAGCCUAACGCACCCGAGUGAAGCGCGAGGCGACGUACCUUAGUAUGCACUGCAUAUCGCUGGGAUUACUAAUCUAUGCUCUACUAUGUUGUAAGGAGUACCUUUAUGCUACAUACCUGGUACACUGGUGCUCAACAUAGCGUCAGUACACUGGCAGGCCUUAAUGCUGUAUUAUUAAUCAACCCGUA